AUGCCUAAGAACUUUCUAGGCUCUGCCAGAGCGUAUAACUGGUAUGCAUCCAUUAUCGCCGCAGCAUGCAUGGUGCUGUACGGCUAUGAUGCCUCUGUCUACAACUCUGUUCAAGGAUCCAAAAACUGGGUUGAUUACUUCAACAACCCAGAUGCCAACAUGAUCGGUGCAGUCAACACAGCAUACGCCGUCGGUGCCAUCGUCGGAGGGUUCUUCUUUGGAGGCCCUGUGGCUGAUUAUCUCGGUCGUAAAGUAGGCAUGGCAAUCGGGUGUGUGCUCGUCAUUAUAGCAACCUUCAUGCAGGCUUUUUCUCCACGUCAUAGUAUCGCUUGUUUUUUAGCGGGAAGAUGUAUUAUUGGUAUUGGACAGGGGGUUGCUUUAACAUCCGGUCCGAUCUAUAUAGGCGAGCUUGCUCCACCGCAUAUUCGAGGUAAAAUAAUGACGCUGUGGCAGACAUUCUAUUCAGUCGGGUCAUUCAUUUGCUUUUGGGUGAAUUAUGCGUGUACUAAACACAGUUCCCUUCUAGGUGAAUGGGACUGGAAAAUGGUGGUCAUCUUCCAACUCUUGGUGCCAAUUCUCAUUCUUGCGCUCCUACCGACUAUACCAGGCACCCCUAGAUGGUAUAUUCAGAAAAAAAAAAUAGAAAAAGCCCGCUCAGCGUUGCGUCUGAUUCGCGAUACGGAGGAUGAGGUUGAACAGGAAAUUCUUCAGAUUCGCGAAGCCCUAGAGUAUGAAAAAGAGGCAAUUUCAAGCUCAUACAGUGCUCUAUGGAAGGAUCGUUCGAUCAGAAAACGACUUCUGCUUGCUUUCGUUAUCAACGCGGGCCAACAGUUAACGGGUCAGGGUUCUUUGAAUACUUACUCGACAAAGAUUUACCAAAAGGUUUUUACAUCCAGCAGCCAGAUUGCACUAAUAAAUGCGCUCAAUGCCACCUUUGGCAUAAUUUUCACUCUUAACGCAAUAUGGAUAGUUGAUCGCUUUGGUCGAAAGGUACUAUUGGAGAUUGGUGGUAUCGGUAUGGCCGUCUGCAUGAUAAUCGUCGCCGCAGUUGAGACUGAGAGCCCGAGCUUGGCCAACGGCGCGAAAUCACAACCAGUCGGCAUCUCUCUUGUCUUUUUGCUUUUUCUCUUUAUUUUAUUUUACAAACCAUCUUGGGGUGCAACAGUUUGGAUCUGGACAUCGGAAGUCUUCUCCAUGAAUGUGCGUGCACAGGCUGUUGGCAUGGCGUCGCAAACUCAAAAUGUCGCCAACACAAUAUUCCAACAAUUUUUCCCUAUUUUCUUAGAGAAGAAAGGGUUUUAUGCCUUUUACUUUUUCGCCGGCAUCAAUACCCUACUUGCCAUUUUUGUUUAUUUGGUUAUUCCAGAGACAAAGAACGUUCCGCUAGAAGAGAUAGAUGUGCUAUUCGGUGGCUCUAACCAUGUCAUUCAAGGAGAAACCCUCUUGGCCGAGGUUAAGCUUCCAGGUGAGCAAGUGAAGAACAUGAAUAUUACUAGCAAGGACACCGAGUUGGCACAAGACAAAUAG